CUUUGUUUACAAUCACACCGCGUGUGCUGAGCUAUCGUAGUAGAGUGUAAGGUUAUGAAUGAAAACACUGGACCGGUUUCCAAUGGUAGACGCGACCAAACAUAAAACGACGAAGUUCCUUACGUGGCCGUGGCUCUUCCUUAAUUAUCUUAAAACUGAAAAGCACUGAAGAAAAUCUGCUGUAAACCCUGCAUAACUCUUUAGAAGAAUUUCGGUGCAAUAAAUACAAAUGCCGGGAUCGAUACGACAGAGGGAAAUGCUUUAUUUGAAAGUGGUUAUUUGACAGCCCUUCUCAGCGCAUCUUAAAGCCCAGCCCGAAACUACCUCCAUACAACUCUACCAAUUAAUUACAACAGCCAACAAAAUACUGUUGCAUCCUGCAUUAUAACUUUAUAAGCGUCAGAAACAUUCUCAACGUAGCUGCACCAAUUGACCAAGAACGUCAGUCACAAUGGGUCACGUGUUGGAGCCAAAUAACGAUUACCCCCUCUUGCCAUACGAUGCUCCCGAGUGGACAUCCCGACUCGCCGUCAUCCCCAAGUAUCGAGUUCAGUUGGGGUCUCUAGGCACCCCUAUCCAGCGCUGGCGUCUCCCAGGCAUGCCUGAGGACUUCCAAGUCCACAUCAAACGAGACGAUAUGACAGGCAGCGUACUCUCUGGAAACAAGGUGAGGAAGCUAGAGUUUUUGAUGGCUGACUGCUUGGAUCAGGGUUGUGAAUCCAUCAUAACCUGUGGUGGUGUGUUCUCAAACUCCUGCCGGGCCGGAGCCAUUGCUGCCCGCCAAAUGGGACUGGACAGCCAUCUCUUCCUCUGGUCAGAAUCCACGGAUCUGCCGUUCACGGGGAAUGCUUUGCUGGACCGCCUGGUGGGCUGUAACUUCUACCUCAUGCCGUUAGACUGCCCUCUGGAGACGCAAGUAUACCCUCGCAUGAAGCUACUUCAAGACCACAUCCAGAAAACGACCAAUAAGAAGGCUUACAGACUGCCUUUUGGAGGAUCCAAUGAGGUUGGAGUAUGGGGCUACAUCGAGUGCUUCCGUGAACUAAUGGGCCAGGGACUCCUGGACAGAUUCACCGACAUUGUAAUCGCAGCCGGUAGCAGCGGGUCUGUGACCGGCCUUGCCAUUGCAAACUACCUCACCGGUAGCAAACUAAAGAUACACGGCUUUGCAGCAUGCAAGGACCAAAUGUUUUUCUACGACCUCGGCGACAAGACACUCCAAUCCCUCGGGCUACAGGACGCUGAUGGCGCAGGGGUCAAAGCGGUCGACAUCAUGCACAUUCGUGACGAAGUGGUUGGCAUCGGGUAUGCCGUCAACACUUCAGAAGAAUUAGAAUGCAUCGAGCAGGUGGCGAUGAACACCGGGAUUCUUGUGGACCCUGUCUACUCCGGCAAGGCCACCUAUCAUCUACUCAAACUCAUGAACGAGAAACCAGGAACGUUCAAGGGAAAGCAGAUCCUCUUCAUACAUACAGGUGGUGUCUUUGACCUGUUCAGCGGUGCCGUUGGUUCUCGGCUCACAAAGAAAGGCCAUAAAGAAAACAAAGUCUACGACUGGAUGGACCUCUCCGACAAAGUCCCAGACAAGGUCUCAGCUGCAUCCUAGUAGCCAUUAUUUCUUUAUCAUCUGUACAUAAAAGAUGUUUUAUAUUUUUGUAGAGAAUGUUUCCCCAAAGACUCUUUGUUUUGUAUACUGCAAAGCAAAAACCUUUUAUCAUCAUUAUUACCAUUUAUGUGAAGCUUCUUGAUCACUCAUUUGGACAAUAUCAGUGAAGCAUAGAGUGCUGUUAUUUAAAUAUGUGUUUUCUGUAAUGACAAUAUCAUGGACAUCUUUUAAUCAGUUUGUACAAAUAUUUUUUCUGCAGUAUUACAAUGGAUUUCCAAACACGUUUAGUUUUGCAUUUCUUGUGAUGUGCCCAUUUUUGAAGGUUUAUGUGUUGAAUGCAAAGCAAUGACUGUUCAUUAAUUGAUGGAUCUUUGUUAGUAAUUUAUUAUUUUUAAAUGUUAUUACAUGUAUGAAUUUUAGGAACAUUUAAAUUAACCCAAUUUGCUGUGGGCAACUUUGUUGUUGAAUCUGUAUGUUUUGCUUCAAAAUGAAGAUAUCAAUGCUGAAAUACAUGUACAUGAAUAUUAAGAUUUAGUAAACAUCCUAAACCAGGGUCUUAUCAUUAUUAUGCUGCAUAUGAUAAUCGAAAUAAAGCAUAAUUUGUGUAACUUUCACAUUCUUAUGCUACCCCUAAUUAAGAGUUGAUAUGAAGCCGAGUUCUUCAUGAGUUAGUUAUUGAAUCAUGCCAACAAUACAAAGUGGGCAUGGUGACUUACAUACUGAGAAAGAGAGAGUGAGAUAGAGAGAGAGUAAGAGACAGAGAGAGAAAGAGAGUGAGAGAGAGAGAGAGAGAGCAGUGUGAAAUAAAAGAUAAUUUAUGUGAAAGUACACAAGUAUAUUUAAGAUUCUUUGGCCAUGUUAAGCUUUAUUCUACUUUACUGAUGAUAUAAAUGGUGUAAAUAAAAAAUGCCUGAAAAUAUAAGAACUAAAAAAAAAUAACAAUGUUCUAAACAUA